UUCGAAUCUGGGCACACUAAAUGAAACCUGUUACUCUGUUUACGUUCAUUUUCGUAAAUUUGAAUCAAUGCCACUGCGAUUGCCGUUCGGUCAAGUCAGAAACUUCUUGCAACAAGGACAUAUAAUUCGAAGGAUGAGCUCGCAACCAACUGUGUACGUAACCCGCCCAGAUGUGGAUGACAGCGGCCUGGAGUUGCUGCGCAAGAGCUGCCAGGUGAGCACCUGGUACGAGACCUCACCGGUGCCCCGCUCCGAGCUGAUCCGCGAGGUUGCCGGAAAAGAUGCCCUCUACUGCGCCCUAACGGACAAAGUCGACAAGGAAGUCCUGGAUGCUGCUGGUCCCCAGCUGAAGUGUGUGGCCACCAUUUCGGUGGGCUAUGACCACAUCGAUGUGGCCGAGUGUAGGAAACGUGGCAUUCGCGUCGGCUUCACCCCUGACGUUCUGACGGACGCAACUGCGGAAUUAACCCUUGCCCUCCUCCUGGCCACCAACCGCCGUCUGUUCGAGGCCAACAAGCAGGUUUACAACGGCGGCUGGAAGUCGUGGGCCCCAAUGUGGAUGUGCGGACAGGGUCUGAAAGGAUCCAGGGUAGGCCUCUUUGGGUUCGGACGCAUAGGUCAAGAGAUAGCGGCACGCAUCGUGCCCUUCAAGCCGACCGAAAUAACCUACACAACCCGCUCACCAAGGCCUAAAGAGGCGGAGUCUGUCAAUGCCCGACACGUGGACUUUGACGAGAUGCUCUGCCACUCAGACUUUAUCGUAGUCUGUUGUGCCCUUACUCCUCAGACCAAGGAAAUUUUUAAUGCCGCGGCCUUCCAAAAGAUGAAAUCCAACUGCAUCUUUAUCAAUACGGCGCGAGGUGGAGUCGUCGACCAGAAGGCCUUGUACGAUGCCCUGAAGAGCAACCAAAUUCAAGCUGCUGGCCUGGACGUCACGACACCGGAGCCAUUGCCGCUGGAUGACCCUCUCCUCAAACUGGAAAAUGUAGUUAUUCUUCCCCACAUUGGCAGUGCUGACAUUGAAACUCGCAAAGAAAUGUCCCGCAUUACGGCCCGAAAUAUUCUCGCUGGUUUAGCUGGAAAGGAAAUGGAAGCCGAAGUGAAACUCUAAAUGUGAAAUAACAAAAAGAUUGUGUACAACCCUUUCUACGAAUGUAAAAAUCCUACAAAUGUAUUUUAACGAAAGUUAAAAACAAAUAACUGCGGGAGAUAUAUUUAAUAAAAUAUUAGAUUUUGUGGUCUAAGUCAAAAUAAAAUAAGUAACCUUGAGGAUCUGAACUUUAAAUAUACUUUAUAGUUAUCAAAAAAUAAAAUGCAAUAAAUAUUUUACUUCGAAAUGAUAUUGUUGACGUAUGGACAGAUACAUACACUUUUAAAUAAAUCCUGCUGUUUUUCCUACUU